UUAAUUAAUUUAAAAAUCUAACUUCUUUUUUCUCUCUAUCCCAUUUUUUGGUUAAAAAAUCUAUUUACCUUUCUGUAUACAAUCAAAAUAAUAUUUUUUAUUCGGGUUCAUCAUUUGGGCUACUGAAAUCAGAGGCAAAAAAUCAUUUUCAGUUUGUGGACUGCAAACACGUCCUCUUUUUCUGGAUACUUGAUGUUUUCCAGUCAUCAGGGAAUGCUUAUCAUUUAAUUAUUGAGGUUGCUGGAUUAUUUGGAAGACAAGGAUGCAGCUAUCUGCACUCUUGACUUCUGCUGGAGUCAAUAUUACAGUCUGUGUGGUGCUGUUCACUUUGUAUUCCUUAUUGAGGAAACAACCAACUUUUGUACAUGUCUACUUCAGCCAGAGAUUUGCUCAAGUACGAACAAGACAGCUCAGUGGCUUUAACUUUGAGCGAUUUGUUCCUUCUCCUAGUUGGAUCUUGAAGGCAUGGAAAGCAUCUGAUGAAGAAAUAAUUGCUGCCGGGGGCUUGGAUGGAUUCGUGUUUGUGCGUAUGAUUGUUUUCAGUUUCCGAAUAUUCUCCAUUGUAACUACUCUAGGCCUUUUCCUCGUGCUGCCUCUUAAUUACUUUGGUCAAGAUAUAAGACGUCAGCAAAUUCCAGCCGAGUCGUUGGAGGUAUUCACCAUUGUGAAUGUUGAGCCAGGGUCAAGAUGGUUCUGGGUUCACUGCCUUGCACUGUAUAUCAUAUCCUUCUCUUCUUGUCUUCUUCUUUUCUUGGAGUACAAAAGUAUCUCAAGGAAGCGGCUGGAAUAUCUCACUUCAUCAGUUCCCCACCCAAGUUACUUCACAGUUCUGGUCCGUGCCAUCCCAAAGUCUGAUGAAGAAUCAUACAGUCAUACAGUUAAAAAGUUCUUCAUGAAUUACUACGCAUCAAGUUAUCUAUCUCAUCAAAUUGUUUAUCGGUCUGGCGCUGUUCAGAAACUGCUGACUGGAGCAGAGGAGGUGUUGGAGGUUCUUAACACAACCCCAGAGCAACUUCUCCGUGAAUCAGAUUUAAUGAAAUGUGGCCUUUGUGGAGGAACUACUCGGUCUUUCAAGAUGCUUCCCGAUGAGCAUGAUAGUGAUGAAGGAAGAGAUAAUCUUGAUGGUUCAGAUUUGGGAAAAAAGGAGUCUGGAGCUGCUUUAGUUUUUUUCAGGAAUCGGUAUGCUGCUUUAGUUGCUUCACAAGGUCUUCAGUCUCCGAAUCCCAUGUCAUGGGUUACAAAUCUUGCUCCAGAACCAGAUGAUGUGUUCUGGUCGAACAUUUGUGUUCCUUACAGACUCCUUUGGAUUCGUAAAAUUGCUCUUCUAGUGGCCUCUAUUCUUUUCGUGGCUUUUUUCCUUGCGCCUGUUUCACUCACACAAAGUCUCGUUCACCUCGACAAGCUGCACAAGAAUUUUCCAUUUCUCAGUGGAAUUUUAGAGAGGACAGGACUGAGUGAGCUUGUCACAGGAUAUCUACCAAGUGUUGUAUUAAUUUUAUUUUCCUACAUAGUUCCUCCAUUAAUGAUGCUAUUUUCUAAACUGGAGGGGUCUAUCUCUCGUAGUGGAAGGAAGAGGAGUGCAUGCAUAAAAGUUCUAUGCUUCUUCAUCUGGAAUGUUUUCUUUGGUAACAUUCUCUCAGGGACUGUUAUUGAGAGAUUUAACAAAAUCAUUAAGGAUGUAAACCAUCUACUUUCAACGGCUGUGCCAUCAACGGCCACCUUCUUUAUGACUUAUGUUUUGACAUCAGGCUGGGCAAGUCUGUCGGUUGAACUCUUACAACCAUUUGGUCUCAUCUGCGGAUUGUUCUCCAGGUUUAUUCUCAGAAACAAGGGUCCAUCAUCUCAUGGAACACUGACUUUUCCAUAUCAUACAGAAGUUCCGAGGAUUCUCCUAUUUGGUCUCUUUGGUUUUGCAUAUGCCAUAUUGGCACCUUUAAUGCUGCCACUCUUGGUGGUUUAUUUUGCCAUUGCCUACCUUGUCUAUCGUAAUCAGAUCCUCAAUGUAUAUGUGACAAAAUAUCAAACUGGUGGAACCUAUUGGCCUAUUGUGCACAACACAACAAUUUUCUCAAUGGUGCUGAUGCAAAUUAUAGCUUUGGCAGUCCUUGGAUUUAAAAGAUCUCCAUCGGCAUCAAGCUCCGCUAUUCCAUUGAUAAUCUGUACACUCCUCUUCCACGAGUACUGCAGGCAAAGGUUUGAACCAUUAUUCAAGUACACUCCUGCUCAGACCCUCAUUGAGAUGGAUAGGCAGGACGAGGAGGAAAGUGGGAGGAUGAAAAAGAUGCAUCAACGACUCAUAUCAGCUUAUUCUCAGCAGUUCAAAGCAACUUCACUUAAACUGGGUAAAGCUGUUCCUGAAAAUGACGAAGAGAACAUGAGUAUCCAUAAGGUUCAUGACAUAGAAGACAUUAAUCCAGGGAAAAGUCCUUCUCAUCUUCCGUCACCACGUGCGUCUUUGGAAAAUGGAAGUCCUCCUCAUCUUCCAUCACCACGCGCAUCUUUGGAAAAUAGAAGUCCUCCUUAUCUUCCGUCAUCACAUACAUCUUUGGAUAAAAGUCCUCCUCGUCUUCCUUUAUCACAUACAUCUUUGGAAAUGAAAAGUCCUCCUCAUCUUCCUUCAUCACGUACGCCAUUGGAAAGUAAAAGUCCUCAUCUUCCUUCACCAGGUUCAUCUUCAGAAAUUAAAAGUCCUCAUCUUCCUUCACCACAUACGUCUUUGGAUAUUAAAAGGCCUCUUCUUCCUUCACCGCAUGAUCAAUAUUCAGAAAUUAAAAGUCCUCCUCGUCUUGCUUCAUCAUGUACGGCUGUGGAGAUUAAAAGUCCUCUUCUUCCUUCACCGCAUGAUCAAUCUUCGGAAAUUGAAAACCCUCCUCGUCUUUCUUCAUCAUGUACGUCUGUGGAAAUUGAAGAACCAGAUGGCAAGUAGAUGAAUCUUUUCUGUGCAUUUAAGUGCAGAAUCAGCACUGAUUCUGCAUUUUUAGGACUGCAUACUUUAUGGUAUGGUUGAUGUGUGAAGUGCCUCGAGAAGAGACUUCAUUGAGGUGUACAGAAAAUAUUUGUGUGAAAAAUGCCGUCUAAGAGACUUCUUGGAAGUGUACAGACUUCUGAAGCUGCAACACCUUAAGAGUUUUACCUAAAGAGUGUAUGUUUUUGACAUUUUGCAUAGAUGGUUCCAUGACUAUAUGGAGACCUGUUAAGUACAUAGAUGUAUUGGUGAACUGUUGCUUGAUCUGAGUAUGAUUUUGUAUCAUUAAACUUAUUUUUGAAGUUGUAAUAUGCAAUAUAUAGAAAGAAUAAAAAAUUAGCUUCUAUUGCAUCA